ACAUGUACUCCCUGGAGGAAGUCCGCCUGGGCUGGCUCCCCUCGGGCCUGGUGGUGGACCCUCGCGUGGGAAACCAGCUCAACAACUACGAGUACGAGUUCAAGCCCAUUCGCGGAAACGGGUCGUGUGCGUGUUACAAGUGCAUUCCGGAGACAGAUCAGCCCAGAGACAAGCUACGUGAAGGCCGUCGACGUCUGGAUGUUCAUGUGCAUCGUCCUCUCGCUCCUCACACUCUUCGAGUAUGGAGUCGUCCUUGUUAUACGGAAAGCCCCUCGCGGGAAGACGGCGCCUGUGCCCACCGCUGUGCAGCAGGUGAUGGGCGUAAAAAUGUCCCCCAAAGUAACGCCCCAGAUGCAGCUCUCCCGCGAAGAACGCCUUGAGAAAACCACGAGGAUUGUUCUGCCGUGCGUGUUUUUUCUGUUUAAUCUCGUGUACUGGCCAUACUACCUCGCCUAAGCCGUCUUUGGUAGAUCAUGGAAAGUACCGACGCGGCGUUCAGGAUUUCGGCAACGCGCUGUGCUAUUUUAAGUCAUCGUUUAGCCUGAAAAUAAGCCUGAAAUUCGUUACUAGAGGCCCACCUUACUUCAAUUGUGCUUAUUUUUUUUCACUAGAAAAGCCUAGCCGUGUUAUUUUACAACAGAAGUACGUUAAAUAUAUUUCUAGAUCAUUCUGUAUCCAGACCCCAAAAAAAUAUGGAGAAUUUUUUUGUUUUUGAGAGUCACUGGGGAUAUUUGAAAACUUUUCCUCUCAAAAACAUAGGGUCUUAAUUCCUUUCUUAGAUUUUGUAUAUUGUUAAUUGCGUGUGUACGUAUAAAGUAUGAACGUGUAAUGUGAAUUUGAUAGCAAUGAAUAUUUAGAAUUUUAAGAGAAAUCUUGUAAAGUGAGUUAAGUUGAAUAAACAUGCUCAUUAUAAAGCCCC